UCUCCUUUCUGCCUCAGAGUUGAACAACUUCUUCCCUACUACAUGUCAGAUUCCAACAAAACUGACUUCACCAACCCCUCCACCUUCAUCCUAGUGGGCAUUCCUGGCCUGGAGGUGGCCCAUGUCUGGAUCUCCAUCCCCUUCUGUGCCAUGUAUGCCAUAGCUCUCUUGGGGAACUUCAUCAUCCUGUUCAUCGUGAAGACAGAACCAAGCCUCCAUGGGCCCAUGUACUAUUUCCUCUGCAUGCUGGCCAUCACUGACCUGGUCCUGACUACAUCCACCCUGCCCAAAACACUGAGCAUCUACUGGUUCAAUUCCAGGGAGAUUGAUUUCAGUGCCUGCCUCUCCCAGCUGUACUUCAUUCACUGCUUCUUAUUGAUGGAGUCUGGGAUCUUUGUGGCUAUGGCUUUUGAUCGCUACGUGGCCAUCUGUGAUCCCCUGAGACAUUCCACCAUCCUGACAAACUCCAUGGUUGCCAAGAUUGGCCUGGCCACGGUGUUUCGCAGCGGCAUCCUCAUACUGCCUUAUCCCUUUCUGGUGAGGCAAUGGCCAUAUUGUAGAACCAACAUCAUCCCGCACACUCACUGCGAGCACAUAGCCGUGGUGAAUCUGGCCUGCGCCGACACCCGCGUCAGUAGUUACUACGGCCUCUUUGUGGUAUUCUGUGUGAGGGGUCUGGAUAUGAUUUUUAUUGCUGUGUCCUACACCCAUAUCCUCAAGGCCAUCUUCAGCCUCCCCACAAAGGACGCCCGGCUCAAGGCUUUGGGGACCUGCAGCUCCCACCUGUUUGCCAUCUUAACCUUUUACAUCCCAGGUCUCUUCUCCUCCCUCACGCACCGGUAUGGCCACAAUGUGCCCCUGCAUUUCCACGUUCUCAUUGCCAAUGUGUACCUCCUGGUGCCCCCCAUGCUCAACCCCAUCAUCUACGGGGUGAGGACCAAACAGAUCCGGGACAGGCUGCUCCGGCUCUUUACUCAUAAAGGGACUUAA